AUGAGCUUCCUAGCAUGGAACUGCUGGGGUCUUGGUUCACCCCCGGCGAUUCGAACUCUCACCGAUGAGGUGAAGAUAAAGAACCUGCUCUUGGUCUUUCUAUCUGAGACCAAAGCAAGUUUAAGCAAGAUGAAGGGUUUCCAAAACAAAAUAGAGUACACGGAGGGGAUUAUUGUGCCAAGCGACGGAAAAAGUGGAGGAUUAGCUAUGAUUUGGAAGAAAGGAACGGCGAUAAGGCUGAAGAGUUGCUCAAAUUCUCACAUCGAUGUCGUAGUGGAGGGCGAGGCAGGUCAAGAUCCGUGGAGAGCAACUGGAUUUUAUGGCCAACUUGAUUCAGGUAAGAGGAAAAUUUCUUGGAGUUUGCUAGAAAUGUUAAAUAAACAGUGUAAUAUGCCUUGGGUUGUUUGUGGGGAUUUCAAUGAAAUAACCCAUGUUGAUGAGAAAAUAGGAUGGCUUGAUAGAGAUGCAACACAGAUGUGGGAAUUUAGGGAAUGUCUAAGUAGGUGUGGUUUAAUAGAUCUUGGUUUUGUGGGGCAGAGAUAUACUUGGUGUAAUGGUAGACUGGGGGAGCAGAGGACACUAAUCAGAUUAGAUAGAGGAGUAGCGAAUAAAGCGUGGAGAAGUAUGUUUCCGGAGGCUAGUGUCCACCAUUUGGCCAUGUCUGCGUCGGAUCACUGUAUGAUUGUUUUGUAUCUGAAGAGAAAAAAUCCAACAAGACCAGCGAAGCGAAGGUUUAUGUUUGAAGCUAUGUGGACUCGUGAUGAAAGGUGCAAGCAGAUUAUUGAGAACGCAUGGGAUCCUCUUCGAAACGAUACAAAUUUCCGAAUUCAUGAGAGACUAAAGAGUUGCCAAGUCCAUUUACAAAGUUGGAACAGGGAGGUCUUUGGCAAUGUCAGCAAAACUUUAAGAGUGAAACAGCAGCGAUUACAAGAGCUUAAGGCUCUAAAUAUGUUACAGGAGACUACCGAGGAGAUAGAGGGUUUGAGAAUGGAAAUUAAUGAAGUAUUGAUAAAGGAAGAAGUGAUAUGGAGCCAAAGAUCAAGAGCUUUAUGGAUGAAAUGCGGAGAUCGAAACACGAAGUUUUUUCACGCGACGGCAACACAGCGUCAGCGGAAAAAUAGAAUUGAAGGCCUUUGGGGAGCAAAUGGGAUAUGGCAAGAAGAAAAAGAUAGGAUUAAGGAAAUCAUUGUGGAGUAUUUUGAAAAAAUAUAUAGCACAGAGCACCCCAGCGAGUAUGAAGUGAAUGUGGAAGAUGUUGAAAGUUGUAUCACACCGGAAAUGAACAAAUCCUUACUCGAGAACUUCAGAGCGGAGGAAAUCAAAUGUGCCAUUAAUCAAAUGCAUCCGACAAAGUCCCCCGGCCCCAACGGGAGACAGAUCUCUGACAAUGUUUUUGUCGCCUUUGAGACUAUGCACAGUAUAAAGAUGAAAAGGAAAGGAAAGAAAGGAUUAAUGGCUGUCAAGCUUGAUAUGAGCAAGGCGUACGAUAGAGUCGAGUGGAAAUAUCUGGAAGGGGUGAUGAGGAAAAUGGGCUUUCAAGAAAAAUGGAUCCAACUCUCCAUGAUGUGUGUGAGAACAGUGACUUACUCCGUCCUCAUUAAUGGUGAACCGAAAGGACGAAUCAUCCCUAUAAGGGGGCUGCGUCAAGGUGACCCCAUUUCACCUUACAUAUUCUUGUUGUGUGUGGAAGGGCUUUCGGCUAUGUUGCUAAAGGAGGUUAGGUUGGGGAGGAUUAAAGGGGUUCCAGUGUGUAGAGGAGCACCCCAAAUCUCCCAUCUAUUUUUCGCCGAUGAUAGUAUAAUCUUUUGCAGAGCAACAAUGGAAGAAGCCAAUCGGGUGAGUCAAGUGUUAAAGGAUUAUGAGAGGGAGUCCGGGCAAAAACUGAAUAAAGCGAAAACAUCUCUCUUUUUCAGCAAAAAUACAAGUAGUGAAGUGAUGGAAGGUGUGAAGGACCUAUUUGAGGCACAAAUCAUUAGACAACAUGAAAAAUACCUAGGGCUAUCGUCUCUAGUGGGGAGGGGAAAAAAGAAGGCUUUCAAUCGAAUAAAGGACCAAGUGGGCAGGAAAAUUGCGGGGUGGAAGGGCAGGUUGCUUUCAAAGGCAGGUAAGGAAAUACUCAUUAAGGUGGUGACUCAAGCCACACCAACGUAUUCGAUGAGUUGUUUUAAGAUUCCAGAUACUUUGUGUCAGGAACUAAACUCCAUGGUCAGAAACUUUUGGUGGGGGCAGAAGGAAAAUGAAAGGAAGAUGGCUUGGGUUUCAUGGGAAAAGAUGUGCCAAAGAAAAGCGGAGGGAGGGCUAGGAUUUAGAGACCUCAAAGCUUUCAAUUUAACACUUUUAGCCAAACAAGGGUGGCGGAUCAUCCAAAAUCCAGAUUCUUUGUUUCAUAGAGUAUUGAAGGCAAAAUACUUCAAAAACUCGAGUUUUUUGGAAGCUCAAUUGGGAAAUAGCCCCUCGUACACAUGGAGAAGUUUGAUGGAGGCCAAAGGUGUUGUGGAGAGAGGGAUGAGGUGGAACAUUGGGAAUGGAAGAAACGUAAAUGUUUGGAAGGAUAGAUGGCUGCCUACCCCUGAUUCUUUUAAGGUAGUCAGCCCGAAAAGUCAGGAGUCCAUGGUGGAGAGGGUAGAGCAUUUGCUGGAUAGUGACAGGAGGGCUUGGGACAUAAAUAAGGUGAGAAAUACCUUUUUGCCUUUUGAAGCAGAGGCUGUGUUGGGGAUUCUGAUCAGCCCAAGUUUUCCCAAUGAUUCUAAGAUUUGGGCUUGGACAAGUAAUGGGAUAUUCACCGUCAGAAGUGCGUAUGGAGUAGCUCUAAAAGUGUUAAAGGACAACAAAGAGAAGGUAGACAAAGGAGAAAGCUCAGACACCUCAAAAAUAAGUGAUGUUUGGAAGUCCAUAUGGAAGCUCGAAUGUCCAGCUAAAAGGAAGGUGUCAAAAUGGGAUGGAUGUGCUUGGUGUGGUGAAAAGGAAUCUUUGAGUCAUGUGCUAUGGGAUUGCAAGGCUGCUGUUGAGGUUUGGAAGGAAUCAGGAUUAAAAUUUCCUAGGUGGAAGAAUAAUCAUAGGGACUUCAUUGAUGUGUUUUGGAAACUAAAAGUGGAAGCAAAGGAUAUAGAUUGGGCUGUGUUUGCAACAAUGGCGUGGAGCAUUUGGAGUAACCGAAACAAAUAUAAGCACGAGGGGAAGCUCAAGCCUGCGAAAGUUGUAGUCAGCGAUGUGGCCAGCUGUGGCGUGGGGGUAGUAGUCAGAAAUGUAGAAGGAUGCUUGAUGGGGGCAAUGAGCAAAAAGCUCCCUUUUCCUUUGGGGCCUUUAGAAGCUGAGGCGAGGGUAGCGGAGAAGGGAAUUGCUCUUGCUAGGGACCUAGGACUUAAUGAGGUUAUCAUUGAAGGAGAUGCGAAGACCAUAAUGAGUGCCCUCAUGAACUCUGACCCCCAGCUUACCCCAUCCUCUGUUCAGAAAGUAAUAGAAGGGGCGAAAUUCAGGCUGCAAGCCUUCAAAUCUUGGCAGAUCAGACAUGUUCAUAGGAGCUGUAAUAUGGCAGCUCAUAUGCUUGCACGACAUGCAUGUAAUGUUCCUGAUAGUUUAGUUUGGGUGGAGGAUACUCCCCCAAUGAUUUCAAAUCAGAUCUGUAUGGAUGUAUCAAAUUUGGGUUUAUCCCUCUUUUAA